AUGGAGAUGCGACUUCCCGCCCUCUUUAGUCUUACGACCAACACUGUUGACGUCGACCUCGACCGUUCGAGCGAUUCUGAUUCUUCUAGGACCAUGGAUUCAUACGAUAGUGUGCCUCAGAGCCCGGAUGCUGGAGAGGACGAUCCGAUGCCACUUGCACCAUUGAACCCACAAACGAUGCCUCAAAUGGCACCCCAGCCCUCAAACGACCGUGACUCUGCGGCAAAACCUAGUGACGGUGGAGCUGCGGGAAGCGCCACGAAUCGCAACAACGGCAAUGGCGAUGGCGAGGAUGGGGACGACGAAGGAGAUUCAAAUGACAAUCCCUUCUUCCGUUAUGCUAGGAAAAAGCAGCCUGCUCGCUCAGGAGGGGUCAAGCAUCGACCUGCUGAAGAACUGAAAAUCAAGGAAACGAUGCGGAAAUGGUUGAAUGAAAUAAUGGAAGGCCAGGAUCAGCUCAAGGAGACAGUCUCCCAGGACGAGGCUGAUGACUUUACGCUGCUGUUCAAAACAAAUCCUCUUGCACGCCCUUGCUCAGUCGACGAUUUUCGAUACUGGAUCGCGGGUGGUCCCAAAUCGGCAUGGAACAAGGGUGCUUCAUAUGUCUUUGUAGAAAUUCUUGAGAAGAGGAAGCUGAUUGCCACACCCGAUGUUCAGACUCGUGAUGCUAUCCGCGAAGCUUUCCUUUUACGACUCAAAACACUUCAUGCAUCUUGGAUGGAAAGACAGAAAAUGCUGGAGGACAACAAAAAUCCUCGCUCUCUAUUUUCCAAAAGGUGGCAGCGGAAAAAUACCCUGUUCCAUCGUCGAAGGGAGGUCAUCAUCACCUUCCACUCGCUUGAGUCCUUCCUCUCGUUCUUCGAUGAGCUAGGCGUCGCAGGAAUGUCCUCUGACGAUGAGGAUCCUGGCAUGAAGAAACCGCAAGUGCAAUACAUUAUCAAGGCGCCGAAAUGGCGAAGCGUCGAACUUCUGAAUUUACUCAGGUUGUUGGACUACUGCCAUCUGGAAGGUCGAUGUACCACUGAAGCAACUAGAUUCGGUUAUACGCGAGGGGCUCCUCCUCGAAUUCGCAUCGAUAAAAACGAUCGAAGUUCGAAGACGAAAUACGUCUCUGGCCUACCUGCAAACUUUUACGAUGCUCAGUGGCUCGAGGAACAGGAACCUGGAUGGGCUAAAGGUGGAAGUGGAUUUGUUAACGAGUUUGUUCGUCCGCGAAAGCCCAUCAAACUCAUUUUUCCUGCAGACCUUUUGAAGACAUUGAAGGACCGAGGAUACCCCAGGGCGCAAGGUCCAGAGUGA